AUGCCUUUUGGGCAGCCGCCAAGCUCGCCGGGCGGUGAGUCCAGCCCAGAGUCCCGUGCCCAGUCGACUCACGGCAGUGCACAGACUUUCGUCGAAGGUCAACAGCUGUUCUCCAACUCCAACAACGACUCGAAGAAGGCAAACGAGGCUGGCCACAGCAACAAGGAGUACGAUGCUGCCAACGAUGACGACCAGUCGGACGAGAACAACAGCCUCCAGGAGAUGCAGCGGCGCCACAGCAUCGUGCAGCAGCUGGCUCGUCAAUAUACGCACGCCUCUGGAGUUGAUAUCCAGGGACAGCCAAACUCGCUGUUUGGGAACAAUGACCCCGACUCGCCCCUGAAUCCCAUGAGCAGCAAGUUCAGUGCUCGCACCUGGGCCAAGACACUCUCGAAAUAUGCCACUGAGCACGGGUCUGGAUUCCGCCGUACCGGUGUUGCGUUUAAAAACCUGAACGUCUACGGGUUUGGAUCGGAGACUGAUUUCCAGAAAGACGUGGGAAAUGUCUGGCUUUCGAUCCCUGACAUUGCUCGGCAGACUCUUAGUAAGUCUGGACGACGACGCAUCGACAUUCUGCGCAACCUCGACGGCUACGUCAAGUCGGGCGAGAUGCUUGUCGUUCUUGGGCCUCCAGGCUCAGGAUGCUCGACCUUUCUGAAGUCGAUUGCGGGAGAGACAAACGGCAUAUACAUUGACAGCGAGACCGAGUUCAACUACCAGGGCAUCAGUGUCGAGGAGAUGCACAACCACCAUCGCGGCGAGGCCAUCUACACGGCCGAAGUUGAUGUCCACUUUCCGAUGCUGUCGGUGGGUGACACUCUCAACUUUGCUGCCAUGGCACGAGCUCCCCGAACUCUGCCCCCUGGAGUCAACGGCAGCCAAUUUGCCACUCACAAUCGCGACGUUGUCAUGGCCAUGUACGGCAUCAGCCACACCAUCAACACCCGCGUGGGCAAUGAAUAUGUCCGCGGUGUUUCUGGAGGAGAACGAAAGCGUGUCACUAUUGCUGAGGCCACGCUCUCCAACGCUCCUCUGCAGUGCUGGGACAACUCCACUCGAGGUCUUGAUUCGGCCAACGCCAUUGAGUUUUGCAAGACGCUGCGUCUGCAGUCCGACAUGUUUGGCCAGACCAGCGCUGUUUCCAUCUAUCAGGCGCCUCAAAGUGCUUAUGAUGUCUUUGACAAGGUGCUUGUUCUGUACGAGGGCCGACAAAUCUACUUUGGACCCACAGACAAGGCUCGAGACUAUUUCAUCAACCUCGGCUUCGACUGUCCUGCUCGUCAAACAGCGCCUGAUUUCCUCACUUCCAUGACGGCGCCAAGUGAACGAAUCGUCCGUCCUGGCUGGGAGAGCCGCGCACCUCGUACGCCUGACGAAUUUGCCACCUGCUGGAAGAACAGCAACGACUACAAAGCUCUCCAGGCCGAGAUGGACGAAUUCAAUAAGCAGCACCCCAUUGGAGGAGCCGACGCCGAGGCCUUCCGUCAGCACAAGAAGUCGACCCAGGCCAAGCACCAGCGUGAAAAGUCUCCGUAUACGCUCUCGUACGGGCAACAAGUGAAGCUCUGCCUGUGGCGAGGAUGGCGGCGACUGAUGGGCGACCCGAGUCUGACUGUCUUCCAACUCCUUGCCAACUCGGUCAUGGCCCUCAUUAUUUCGUCUCUCUUUUAUAAUCUCCAGCAAACAACGGGAAGCUUCUACUCGAGAGCCGCGGUUAUCUACGUGGCUAUCCUGAUGAACGCCUUCUCCAGUGCUCUCGAAAUUCUGACUCAAUAUGCCCAGCGGCCUAUCGUCGAAAAGCAUCAGCGCUAUGGAUUCUACGUCCCGUCGGCCGAGGCUUUUUCAUCUGUGCUCUGUGAUAUGCCGUACAAGGUUGGUAACUCAAUUUGCUACAACUUGGUAAUUUACUUUAUGACGCAUCUUAAUCGUACGCCGGGAGCUUUCUUCUUUUUCCUGCUUGUGACGUUCCUCAUGGUGCUCGCCAUGUCUGGAAUUUUCCGCUCAAUUGCUUCUCUGUCGCGAACCCUAUCGCAAGCCAUGGUGCCGGCUUCACUGCUGAUUCUUGCCAUGGUCAUCUUUACUGGAUUCGUCAUCCCCGUCGAUUACAUGCUUGGAUGGUGUCGCUGGAUCAACUAUCUCGACCCUGUCGCAUAUGGAUUCGAAGCACUCAUGAUCAACGAGUUCAGCGGCCGUCAAUACGAAUGUGACGCUUUCGUCCCAAGCGCUCUCAUUCCAGGAUACCAAAAUGCGACAGGAGUAAACAGAGCUUGUACAGCCGUUGGAUCUAUCGCAGGCCAGAAUUUCGUCAGCGGCGAUGCCUACAUCAAUUCGCAGUACAAGUAUUUCCAUGCUCACAAGUGGCGCAACGUCGGGAUUCUGAUUGCUUUUGCUCUCUUCAAUCACCUUGUGUACUUUGUUGCAACCGAUGUCAUUCAGGCAAAGAAGUCAAAGGGCGAGGUGCUCGUCUUCCGACGUGGACACAUUACUGCUACAGGCUCCAAGAAUGGCGACGCAGAAGCCUCCUUGUCUGGACCUGUUCCUGUUGUGGAGAAAGGCACCGAUAUCUCGGCUGAAGAGACUGCCAAUAUCCAGGGGUCUACAAGCGUGUUCCACUGGGGCAAAGUAUGCUAUGACAUCAAGAUCAAGGGCGAACCGCGACGAAUUCUGGAUCAUGUUGAUGGUUGGGUCAAGCCGGGAACGCUGACAGCUCUUAUGGGCGUGUCUGGUGCUGGUAAAACGACGCUUCUCGACUGCUUGGCUGACCGUGUCUCCAUGGGGGUAAUCACAGGCGAGAUGCUUGUCGACGGCAAGAUUCGCGACACCUCGUUCCAGCGUAAAACGGGCUACGUCCAACAGCAGGAUCUUCAUCUGGAGACAACAACCGUUCGUGAAGCUUUGGAGUUUAGUGCCCUGUUACGUCAGCCGGAGAGUACACCAAGAGCCGAGAAGCUUGCAUAUGUAGACGAGGUCAUCAAGCUGCUGGAUAUGCAAGAAUAUGCUGAUGCAGUCGUCGGCGUGCUUGGCGAGGGUCUCAAUGUUGAACAGCGCAAGCGACUUACUAUUGGCGUUGAGCUCGCAGCUAAACCACCUCUUUUGCUGUUCGUUGACGAGCCAACUUCCGGUCUUGAUUCUCAGACGUCUUGGGCUAUUCUCGACUUGCUGGAAAAACUUUCGAAAGCUGGACAAUCCAUUCUCUGUACCAUCCAUCAGCCAUCUGCAAUGCUGUUCCAGCGCUUCGACCGUCUACUCUUUCUCGCAAAAGGUGGCCGAACUGUGUAUUUCGGUGACAUUGGCGAAAACUCCUCGGCUAUGACCUCUUACUUUGAGAACCACGGCGCCCCUAAAUGUUCACCCGGCGAGAACCCUGCUGAGUGGAUGCUUCAGGCUAUCGGUGCUGCUCCUGGAACUUCAACAGAGGUCGACUGGCACCAGACGUGGCUAGAAAGCGCUGAAUAUCAGGCUGUGCAGACAGAACUUCAGCGCCUAAAGGACGAGGGCCAUGACAAUGCGACUGAGAUCCACGAUAAGGCUUCAUAUGCUGAGUUCGCCGCGCCAUUCUGGAGUCAAUUCUUUGUCGUUACUCAGCGCGUGUUCCAGCAGAUUUGGAGGACACCGUCGUACAUCUACUCUAAAUUCAGUCUCUGCGUUCUGGUUUCUCUCUUUAUCGGACUGGUCUUCCUUAAUGCUCCGUUGUCUAUUCAAGGCCUGCAGAAUCAAAUGUUUGCUGUUUUCAACAUUUUGACUAUUUUCGGUCAACUGGUGCAACAGCAGAUGCCGCAUUUCGUUACCCAGCGAUCGUUGUAUGAAGUGCGUGAGAGGCCCUCCAAGACAUACAGCUGGAAGGUCUUUAUGCUGUCACAGAUUGCCGUCGAGAUUCCAUGGAACUCGCUCAUGUCUCUUUUCAUGUUCCUCUGCGUUUACUACCCUGUCGGAUUCAACAAGAAUGCUGAGCCGGCUGGACAAGUCGCUGAACGAGGCGGUCUCAUGUGGCUUCUCUUCUGGCAAUUCCUCGUCUUUACAUGCACUUUUGCUCACGCCUGUAUUGCCAUUACGGACACCGCCGAAGCUGGUGGCAACUUGGCCAACGUUCUGUUCAUGAUGUGUCUCCUUUUCUGCGGUGUCAUUGCCUCUCCAUCGAGCAUGCCGGGAUUCUGGGUCUUCAUGUAUCGCGUAUCGCCCUUUACGUAUUGGGUAUCGGCUGUAUUAUCCACCGGUCUGGCAAACACACACGUCACCUGUUCAAGCAACGAGCUUGUGCAUCUCGAGCCUCCAAGCGGCCAGACCUGCGGAGAUUAUCUUUCCAACUUUAUUGGUGCGGCGGGAGGAUAUCUGAAGGAUAGCAAUGCCACCAGCGACUGCAGCUACUGUCCUAUUGCGGACACGAAUGUGUUUUUGACCAGCGUCAGCUCGAGCUAUGCUCACCGGUGGCGCGACUUUGGCAUUGGAAUGUCGUUUAUUAUCUUCAACAUUGCUGCGUCGCUGUUCCUGUACUGGCUGGUGCGCAUGCCUAAGAAGUGGGGAAAGAAGAAGGAGUAG